CUCUUGCGUCACUCGACCGCGCCCACGUUCUCCUCGCGGCAGUGCCUGCUACCGGUAGCCGCCUGGGCUGGAGGUUGUUCAGGGCAAGUUGCCCUCGAGGCUCCCCCAUGGAGGAGACGGCGCGUGCGGCUCCAGCCCCGGAUGCUUGCACCUCCCACUGGACGGCGACGGAGGCGCUGGCCGCGCGAGCGCAGGAGAAAUCGGCCUGCACGGCCUGUGGGAAGGUGUGAGUGGAGGUCUGCAGCCCGCCUCGUCUUGCCUCCUGCACGGCACGUCCCCGUCUCACUGUGACCGAUGUGAGUCGCAGGGACCUCUUGAGUCACGAACGAAAUGAGCCAGGGGCGUGGAAAAUAUGACUUCUAUAUCGGUCUGGGCUUGGCUAUGAGCUCCAGCGUUUUCAUUGGAGGGAGUUUCAUUUUGAAAAAAAAAGGUCUUCUGCGACUUGCCAGGAAAGGCUCCAUGCGAGCAGGUCAAGGCGGCCACGCAUACCUUAAGGAAUGGCUGUGGUGGGCUGGACUGCUCUCGAUGGGAGCCGGUGAGGUGGCCAACUUCGCUGCGUACGCCUUCGCGCCCGCCACCCUGGUGACUCCACUGGGUGCCCUCAGCGUCCUCGUAAGUGCCAUUCUCUCUUCAUACUUUCUGAACGAGAGGCUUAACCUUCAUGGGAAAAUCGGAUGUCUGCUGAGUAUCCUGGGAUCCACGGUUAUGGUCAUCCAUGCUCCGAAGGAAGAGGAGAUCGAGACGCUCGAUGAAAUGUCUCACAAGCUCGGGGACCCAGGUUUCAUGGUCUUCGCGACACUCGUGGUCAUCGUGUCCUUGAUCCUGAUCUUCGUGGUGGGACCCCGCCACGGGCAGACGAACAUCCUGGUGUACAUCACCAUCUGCUCCGUGAUCGGGGCGUUCUCGGUGUCCUGCGUGAAGGGCCUGGGCAUCGCCAUCAAGGAGCUGGUGGCGGGCAGGCCCGUGCUGCGGCACCCGCUGGCCUGGGCCCUGCUGCUCAGCCUCAUCGUGUGCGUGAGCACGCAGAUCAACUACCUGAACCGGGCGCUGGACAUCUUCAACACGUCCCUCGUGACGCCCAUCUACUACGUCUUCUUCACCACGUCGGUCCUGACGUGCUCGGCCAUCCUGUUCAAGGAGUGGCAGGACAUGCCCGCGGACGACAUCAUCGGCACGCUCAGCGGCUUCUGCACCAUCAUCGUGGGCAUCUUCCUGCUGCACGCCUUCAAGGACGUCAGCUUCAGCCUGGCCAGUCUGCCUGUGUCUUUUCGAAGAGACGAGAAAGCCGUGAACGGCGGGCUCGGGACUAUGUACGAGGUCCUGAACAACGCCGAGGAGGGUGUGACCUGCGGGCUGGAACAGCACUCGGGGGACAACGUGUCCCGGAGAAACGGCAGCCUGACAGCUUUCUGACAGCAAUGUGAUUGGAAGGUCCACCCGUCACUGUUAUAAAAUGAACUGGAGUAUCAGGACGUGUCUGGGAAAGGGUUCUCCUCAAAUAAUGUUCUCUAGAGACAAUCUUUUUUAAGGUUUCACUAAUUUGGACCAAGGAAUUACUUUUCUUAUAUUUAAAUGAUGGGUAGCUCACUAAAAUGACCUCAGUCCCCGGCUGAUUCUUGUAAACGUUGUGUUAUUGUAGCAGUAUUUAAAAUCUUUUUUUCACCCAACUCUGAAUGCACUAAUGACAGUUUCGAGUCUAUGAAAACGCUUCUUCAGUGGUGAUGAGAGUCUGCAGCGUACACUUGUGGCCUCCAUUCGCACCCCUACUUUAAGGCUUUUUGAUUGAAAAAAAAAGAACAAAUUAUUUCCAUGUAUUCUGUGAUUUAGCUUACCUACAAACAUGACUCCCGUCUGAUGAAUUAUUUUCACAUGUGAGAGGAAAGACUAAGUAGGGCGGCUCGUUGACAAAAGAGGGCGGGAAACCACCGCACAGAAUGCUUCUGGGGUGACUGGGCCGCGCAUGUCGCACGCCCUUCCCGGGUGGCCUUACUCCAGCGCAUCCUGUGGCUGGUGGGCUGGUUGGACCUUCAGUGACUCACCCCUGGAGCCCCGAACCUCGGUUCCCAUUUUUACAGCAGGUCUCGUACUGGGCAAUGUAUUUUCAUAACGAGUUACGCUGUCAUUUAGGUCUUCUAACAACUCUGGGAAAAGAAGGUAAUUUUAAAAAUUUAGCUUAUGUUACAAAUAAAGAGACAUGGAAACAAA